AUGGCACCCAUCCAGACAGGCCCAGCUACCCGCGGCCUCCAGAUCCUCGCCGUCCCCGCCGUCUGCAUGCUCAUAGCCUUCCUCGGGUACAGCUCCCAAUGGCUCUUCCACGUCGCAGAGGACCUCGCCCCGGGCCCCCUGACCCCGCGCGAGUUCGUCGCCUUCAACUCCCUCCUCCUCUGCCUGUGGUGGACCUACUUCAAGGCCUGCACCGUCGACCCGGGCCGCUACCCUCCUCUCCCGUCCUCUGCCCCCGAAAGCUCAGUCAACAACAGCAGCAACACCACCGCGGAGAGAAAGUCGGGCGGCGCCAGCAAGUCCUCCGUCGCAGCGGCAGCCGCCUCGGCCGCCCGCUACUGCAAGAAGUGCCGCGCCCCCAAGCCCCCGCGCGCCCACCACUGCCGCCACUGCGGCCGCUGCAUCCCCAAGAUGGACCACCACUGCCCCUGGACGGGCAACUGCGUCUCCAUGCAGACCUUCCCGCACUUCCUGCGCUUUCUCGCCUUCACCAACCUCUCCCUCUGGACGCUGGCAUCCCACCUCUACGCCCGCUUCGCCGCCCUCUGGGCCAGCCGCCACCUGCCCGCCUACCUGGGCCCGACCCUGCCGCAGCUCAUCCACCUCACCGUCCUGGGCCUCGUCUGCAGCGCCGUCUGCCUCGCCCUCGCCAUCAUGCUCUUCACCACGGGCCGCGCCUGGGUCCUCAACACCACCAUGAUCGAGGGGUGGGAGAUCGAGCGCCACGAGGCCGUCCUCGACCGCUACUCGUCCUCGAGCAGCGGCGACUCGAGCAGCGGCUCCUGGUGGGACCCCCAGGACGGAGGCGCCGGCGCCGGCGCCGAGCUCGAGCGCGUCGAGUUCCCCUACGACGUCGGCUUCUUCGCCAACAUGGCCCAGGCCAUGGGCACCCCCAACGCGCUGCUCUGGCUCUGGCCCUUCGCCGGCGGCCCGCGCAUCUCCCCGGGCGGCAGGGGUCCCGGCUGGGACUGGGAGGAGAACGGCUUCAACGACCGCGAGGGCCUCUGGCCCCCGCCCGACCCGGAGAAGCUCCGCCGCGCCCGCACGGGCGGGUGGCCCGGCGCCGCGGCCGCGACGCGGCAGGGCGGCGGCGGCGGCGGCGGCUACUACGACCGCGACGCGACGACCACGACCACGCCCGAGGAGGAGAAGGCCGCGUUCGCGGCGCGCCAGCGGCGGUGGGACCACAUCGGCGACCGGUCGGGCAUCGUGGCCGAGCUCGAGGAGGACGAGGACUUCCCCGAGGGGCACUACGACCGCUACGACGACCGCUACGACGACGAUGGCGACAUCCAGGAGGAGGAGGAGGGCAUGGACGGGGAGCCCGGGUGGACCAACGCCGACGGGGACCGCCUGCGGGACUACGGCGUCGACGAGGACGCCGACGCGGCUGCCGACGUGCCCUGCCUGCGGACUAUGGGCACCGACGUGGCGCACAAGCUCGGGUCUAACAACCGUAGUAGUAGCGGCAGGAGCAACAACUACAACGAUGACGACGACGUGCCGCUGGCGGAGCUGCUGAGGAGGAGAAAAGUCCGUGAGCGGGACGGGGAGAGUUGA